CCUCCACUUCCUCUUCAACAACAAACACUGUCUGCUCACAGCUGAUGCUGCCACAUAUCAACGAUUUAAUAAGAUGACAGAACAGAAUGGAUUGGUUCACGCCGCCCAGACGACCACUUUCAAGCGCAUCAAGCCGCAAGAACAACGCGAGAACCCCUUCGUCCACCUAAUCCCGAACCAGGACAUCGCCAUCAUCCCCGAAUUCACCCUCGAAUCCGGCGUAACCCUUCACAAUGUCCCUCUCGCCUACAAAACCUACGGAACCCUCGCUCCCGAGGCGGACAACGCCAUGGUCAUCUGCCACGCCCUGACCGGCAGCGCGGAUGUGCAAGACUGGUGGGGACCGCUACUGGGAGGACCAGGUGAGGACGGGAAGGAAGCAAGAGCGUUUGACAUGUCGAGGUUCUUCGUCCUCUGCAUGAACAGCCCAGGAAGUCCAUAUGGGAGUGCGAGUCCGGUCACGGCGAAGGACGGCGAUCCGGAGAAGGAGAACUACGGACCUGACUUCCCGCUCACGACGAUCAGGGACGAUGUGAAUCUGUUCAAAGUGCUGUUGGAUGAGCUGGGAGUCAAGCAGAUCGCGGUGGUGAUCGGAGGAUCGAUGGGAGGCAUGCUCGUGUUGGAAUUUGCGUACUUCGGGAAAGACUACGUGCGGACAAUCAUUCCGAUGGCUACGUCGGCGAGAUACAGUGCGUGGGGUAUCAGCUGGGGCGAGGCUCAGCGGCAGAGCAUCUACUGCGAUCCCAAGUAUGACGACGGAUACUACACUUUUCAGGAUCCACCGGCCAGUGGUUUGGGGGCGGCGCGCAUGUCUGCCCUGCUCACAUACCGGAGUCGCGACUCGUUUGAGUCCCGCUUUGGCCGCAAUCAUCCCGAUCCAGCGGUUUCCAAGCAGAGCAUCAAUGGUCCACGACAUGCACAGACUCCCGAUAGCGAGCACUUUGCGAUUCACAACGAAGGUCACAAGAAUGCUGGCGCGGCGAGACGACACUCUCGUCAGGGUAAUGGCAGCGACUCUCCUACGACGGCUGCUGUCAAGGACCCGCAAUUCUCUGGCACGACCGAUCUGCCCGUACAAGCACCUGCUCGCCGCCAAAAAGUAUCCACGUACUACUCCGCGCAAUCCUACCUCCGAUACCAAGGCGAGAAGUUCAUCUCGCGUUUCGACGCGAACUGCUACAUCGCCAUCACCCGCAAACUAGACACGCACGACGUUGCACGCGGCCGCACCGACACCACCGGCUCACCAACACCCGAAGAAGUUCGAGCAGCACUAGGCAUGAUCGAGCAGCCAACCCUCGUCCUCGGCAUCCAAUCUGACGGUCUCUUCACCUACGCCGAGCAAGAGGAGCUAGCAGCUGCGAUUCCCAACGCGGAGUUGAAGACGAUUGACAGUCCGGAUGGACAUGAUGCGUUUUUGCUUGAAUUUAAGCAGGUCAAUACGUUUUUGAAGGAGUUUAUGAAGCGCGAGUUGGCGGAUAUUAUGGCGCGGGAGCCGGUGAACUGGCCGCCGGAGAAGCAGGAGCAGAGAGAGGCGAAGGCUUCGACGUUUGGUGAGGCGGAGGUGGAGGAUAUUACUGCUUGGUAA